AAGUUGUCAACUGCCGUUGGAAUGAAGCAACAGCAAAUCGGUAGUCGCUCUCGCGUAGUUUUGUCGGUGAUUUCAGAUUCCACGUGGUCUUUUGACGUCUUGUGUGUCUUUCAAUCUCAAUGUCUGCAAAGGAUCGAAGAAAGAAAACCCGUCCAGCCACUCUUGCCAACUACGAAGUGGAUUCCAAUUUGGGCGACGAUAACGGUAAAGUGUAAAGAAAUCGAACACGAUCCUGGCAUUAGAGUAUUGUUUCCCCAGGACUACCAAACUCGAACUGUUUUCAGAUCCAAAUCUUGGAAAUUGAGGAGCGCGAACUGCGACGAAAUCGCUUACGGUACUGUACUGUUACUGUCGGAGAUUCACUAGUGGCUUAUUGGAGCCCCAUGAAGGAGUUUUAUGACGCAAGAGUCGUCGAAGUUCCUCGCUUGUGCAGUUCAGGUGCAGUCAAGAGACAACUUGAAUUAGAUACCAAGGAAGUUUCUGAAGUAGUCGAGACAAAAAGAAGAAGAAGAACAGUGCAGCUGUUAAUUGAAGCCCGGAGGGAAGCAUGUGUCUCAAAAAAUGCUUCCUUACUCAAAGCUGCAGCUGACUUUGUGUGCAAUGAUGAUUUGGAAGACUCUGGACCUUUUAGUAAAAGUGGCCAGACAAGAGAAAAAUCAAAGGAGUUACUUGAAUCUAGCAAAUGCCUUGAUAUGAGUGAUAUUGUCUAUGGUGAACGUGAUCCAUCUCCUGAGGAAACAGGCCAAGUUGCAAUCAUGGUUGCACUGCAGUCAUUGGAGAAACAUGUGAUGGAGGUCGUUGAGAGAUCUCUUGCUACCCAUACUCCAACUGCUGGUGAACAAGUAACACCUCGACAGUAUGGCAGUCCGAAGAAGGCAGUGCUUUCUGAUGAAACAGCUUCAAGUACCGUCCCAGUUGGUGAUGUGUCCUGCAGUGUUUUGUGGACAACGUAGCACUGAGAAGGGUGGAGCUGAAGUCGGGGCGGAGGAACCAGCUGGCCUUAGGGCUUCUUGACAUUGUGUUUGAGCCUGCUGUCUUGGGAGCCUCUACUUGCAACGGUUCACGUGACGGAUCAAAACAGCCACUAGAUCCAAAGAUACUAGAAGCCAUCCGAAGUCACUUCUUCAAACUCUUCCCUCUGUCGAAGGAAGAGAAUCUCAAAGAUUCGUGGCAAAAGAUGGCUAAGGCCAUCACUGGCAAGAAGAACGUUGAAUAGAGUGGAGUUGAGACUGUUCAGUUCAAUAGUGAAGUAUUGGUGAAAAGCA